GGUGGCGGGUGGUGUUGGAAGGAGGUGAGCGGGAGCGGGCAGGGGCGUCGGAGCCCGGCGCUAGCUGCGGGCUGAGAGGCAGCUCCGAGGGACCGAGAGGAGGAUGGAGAGCCGGAGAGGAGCCGAAGAGGGAGGAUGAAUGGCUCGGAGGGAGGUGGCGGCGCGACGCGCGGAUGCGGAGGCUGGUACCCGCCGCCGCCGCGACGCGUUCCGGAGGCGGUUGAGGGGCCGCGUGGGCCGCCCUCCGCCCAGCCCGCUCCUGAGUCCCCGCACACACGCGGCUGCCUGCCCGCCGCUGCCUGCUGCGAGCGCGGGGCGGCGGGCUCGCCGGGCUCCCGGAGGAGCAGGCUGGCGUGGGAACUUGCUCGGCAGCCCGCUGUCUGCUCUUUGCCGUCCGGAUUCUCUGUCCCAUUUAAAUAAGUCUUCCCCAACACUGAAUGGGAUUCCAUCUUCAGACACAGCCAACGAUGCCAUGGACCCCUUCCAUGCGUGCAGUAUUCUUAAGCAGCUCAAAACAAUGUAUGAUGAAGGACAGCUGACAGACAUUGUAGUGGAAGUGGAUCACGGGAAAACCUUUUCCUGUCAUAGGAACGUUCUUGCUGCCAUCAGCCCUUACUUCAGAUCCAUGUUCACUAGUGGCCUUACAGAAAGUACUCAAAAAGAAGUUCGAAUAGUUGGUGUUGAAGCUGAGUCGAUGGAUUUGGUGUUGAAUUACGCCUACACCUCUCGAGUUCUUCUGACAGAGGCCAAUGUUCAAGCUUUGUUCACCGCAGCUAGCAUCUUCCAGAUCCCUUCCAUCCAAGAUCAGUGUGCUAAGUACAUGAUCAGCCAUUUGGACCCACAGAAUUCUAUUGGGGUCUUUAUCUUUGCCGAUCAUUAUGGUCAUCAGGAACUUAGAGAUCGCUCGAAAGAAUACAUUCGUAAAAAGUUUCUGUGUGUCACCGAAGAGCAGGAGUUUCUGCAGCUGACAAAAGACCAACUGAUAAGCAUACUAGACAGUGAUGAUUUAAAUGUUGACCGAGAAGAGCACGUUUAUGAGAGCAUUGUAAGGUGGUUUGAGCAUGAACAGAAUGAGAGAGAAGUGCACCUUCCAGAAAUUUUUGCCAAAUGCAUCCGUUUUCCUCUGAUGGAAGAUACUUUUAUAGAGAAAAUUCCAGCUCAGUUUGCACAGGCUAUCGCCAAAAGCUGUGUAGAAAAGGGACCGUCUAGCACCAAUGGCUGUACACAGAGGCUUGGAAUGACUGCUUCUGAGAUGAUCAUAUGUUUUGACGCGGCCCACAAACACUCAGGAAAGAAGCAAACAGUGCCUUGCCUAGAUAUAGUCACAGGAAGGGUGUUUAAACUAUGCAAACCACCAAACGACCUGAGGGAGGUCGGGAUUCUUGUAUCACCAGAUAACGACAUCUACAUUGCAGGGGGUUACCGGCCGAGCAGCAGUGAGGUCUCCAUCGACCAUAAGGCUGAAAAUGAUUUCUGGAUGUAUGACCAUUCCACCAAUAGAUGGCUGUCCAAACCAUCCUUGCUUCGGGCCAGGAUAGGGUGCAGACUUGUAUACUGCUGUGGUAAAAUGUACGCAAUUGGAGGUCGUGUGUAUGAGGGUGACGGGAGGAACUCACUGAAAUCCGUGGAGUGCUAUGACAGCAGAGAGAACUGCUGGACGGCUGUUUGCGCAAUGCCAGUUGCCAUGGAAUUUCAUAAUGCUGUGGAGUACAAAGAGAAGAUCUAUGUGUUACAGGGAGAAUUUUUCCUCUUCUAUGAGCCUCAAAAAGACUACUGGGGUUUUCUAACCCCCAUGACUGUGCCUAGAAUCCAGGGCUUAGCAGCUGUAUACAAGGAUUCUAUCUACUACAUCGCUGGAACCUGUGGAAAUCACCAACGUAUGUUUACUGUAGAAGCCUAUGAUAUUGAGCUCAAUAAAUGGACUCGUAAGAAGGACUUUCCAUGUGAUCAGUCUAUAAAUCCAUACCUUAAGCUGGUCCUCUUCCAGAAUAAACUUCAUUUAUUUGUUCGAGCUACUCAAGUGACUGUGGAAGAACAUGUCUUCAGAACUAGCAGGAAAAAGUCCCUUUACCAGUAUGAUGACAUCGCUGACCAGUGGCUGAAAGUGUAUGAGACCCCGGAUCGGCUGUGGGACCUGGGCCGGCAUUUUGAAUGCGCUGUGGCUAAACUCUACCCUCAGUGUCUUCAGAAAGUUCUCUAACGUGUAGCAGGCCGUCGUGCCUUACUGGAAUCUCAUACUGAAAGCUUGUCUGUCUGAAGGAGUGAUGUCAAUAUUUAAGAGAGCCGAGAGAGUUUGUACACAGACAUGGGUGCUUUUAAAGAUUACAGCGUAGGGAAGGAUUUGCUUUCACUUUUGUGAAGUUUUCAUUUCAGUAAGGAAAAAGUAACAAAGUGCAAUUAUCAGCAUUUUUUUUCCUGGCAUACAACUAAUUGUAUCAUUCGAGAACUGUGCUAAAUAGUCACUGAGAUACCCAAUGAAUCAAGACAACUAUGCACUCUUUUAAGAGCAGUUAGGGUAUUAUUGGGUAGACACAUCCAAACUAGCUUGACAUGACUUUUUGUUUUAAAUACGGGUAACAAUCUGAGGCAAUAUCACUAGGACUUCAUUUAGCUGUGACCUCUCUAACAGAGAAGCACUAACUUAGAUCCUCAUUCUUAAUAUUUAUAUAUAUUUACAUAUAUAUUUUUGUGUACUGUUUUCAAGUGUACUGAGAUGUAAAUGUGUUCUGUUAUAAGACUGAAGGAAAAAUCAGUCUGAGCAAGAACUUUUAGUCUGAUUGUUUCACAUUUUCCAUAUUACCUUAAGUUAAGCUAAAGUUUAAAGUGGCAGUUUUCUGUCGAAAACUUCAAGUGCUAACACUGUUUCAGUUUUUUAAAAUCCUGGAAAGGGCUCAAACGUGCAGGUGGCUGGUGCUAGUAUAAACUAAUUCACGUAGAUAGCUAAGUAGAUUUAAGUGGUCUGAGCCUAUGCUUGUCUUUCAGAUUAGUGUGUUUGUUUCAUGGCUGUGGUAGUGCUCUUUACCUGGUGAACUCUUGUGAUGUCACAAGGCUUGGUACUUAUGUGAUAGAAUAUGACCAGAUACUGGCUAACUGGAGCUAGUCACGGAGCAGCGUGACCGUUGUACCACAUUUGCACUAACAUGGGCUGGUUUGGUGCCUGACCUCCUUUUCCAUCUACUACCUGUCCAGUCGUUUGGUUGGUACAAUGAGAACUAACUUAUAAUGUGAAGUUUAUACCUACCUUUAAAAUUCUGUUUUCCAGAAACAUAAAAUUUUUGCGGUGGUCUAAUAAUUUAAUAGCUUUUGAAGUUUCAUAUUACGGUGACAACCUCAUGUUUUUCUUUUGCACUUCACAGUGAUGAAUACUUUUACAUGGAAAUACUGUUCUAGCUGAAGGGGAUUGAUAAGGAAAAGAGUGAGUGAACAAACCAUAGUUUUAUAGGUACUAGGUCAUUUUUCAUAUAUUAUCCAUACAUUUCUAACAGGAAUAUUAACAUGAGGGUUAAACCAACUUACAUGUAUUUCUUUAGGCAAAUAUCUAGAUCAGUAACUUUUUUUUUCACUAUGCCUGGAAUAACUGAUAAAGGAUCGCUAAGAGUCUGCCUUUAGUUGGAACAGUUUGAUUCUCCUGAAAAACAAACUAGCAUGGUUUGUAUUAAAAAAGGUCUUGCACAAAUUAUAACGCGAUACUGUGAAACAAAUUUAAACCAUUGCCUCUUUGCAUCACAUACCUCGUCGUUCAGAAACUUUCCAGGCUGCUUUACCAAGACCUGUACAAGCAGGGACAGUUUUCUGAAGGGGAAGUUGAAGUGGAAGGCAUUUAUAGAAGUAACACUUUAAAAUCUAGUCCUAGAAAGCUAGAUGUGUGGUUUAUUUUUUUGGCUUUAUAAUUGGCCUUACUGUCUGUAAUCUCUUUUGAAACUGCAUCAGCCCAUAUUUUUCCUCCCCAGUGUUUCUUUGUCUUCUGUUCUUAUCCUCAUGCUGUUUGGGUUAUUUCUGUGAGUCUUGUUUUGAAUAAUUUUUUACAGUUUCAUAUUGCUGAGAGGAAGGAAAAAAUAACCAAUUUUUGCAAGAGAUGUCUGUGUAAUUUAUGUUUGAAAGCUUUGUUGAAUAUCUAAAGUCUCCUGCCACUUUUUGACAAUCUUCUGUAUUUAGAAAAAUGUAUUACUUGAAAACAUGACAUAGAACAUUGAGUUAGCAAGGUAUAGGUGCCGUGUGAUACACAGUAGAACAACAGUUUGAUUAAUUCUACAGUAGAUCUGCACAACAGUUGAUCCUUUGGCAAGAACGACUUAUAUUGAGAGUAUGAUCUAUGCACAGUGUGUCAAAGCCAAGGCUUAGAAUUUGCUAUGGGAUUAGAAUAUAUCUUGAAUUUUUUAUGAGGAACUAUUUGUUUACAUUAUAUAUAGCUGGGAUAUUUUGCCACUUCUAAAAGGGUUUCAAAGAGGGCCUAGGAAGCUAAGAUUAGUGACGUGUGUGGGUUUAUGUAUAGAUCUUUAAAGCACAUUUUCAUAGGAUGAUGAGAGUAUAGUAAAAGGCACAAUGGCUACUAUAGAAUUAAAAGGUCUAACAUAUGCCCGUCCCACUUUACCUAUGUUUUUGCAUUUAAAGAAUGUAAGUAGCACUUUCCUAUAUAUUUUUUACACAUUGAAAACUGGACGUGGUUUAACUGUGUUAUAGGAAAGUAGAAAUCGUAUUCUUUAUUUUCCAUCUUUGUUUCCUGUUAUCCUAUAAAGUUGAUGCUUAAGCAUUAAGCUGAUUUCUUUGGUGCAUGAGAAAAAGUGGAUGUAAUCUGCAAGGAAUCAGAGUCUCUGUAAAGCAGUUUAAAAUGGCAUUCAAUGUUCAGUGCUCAGGUAUGUAGUAAGUACUGUAGUCCUAUGGGAGCAAAUGUGUAGAUAUUUUUAAACAUUUUGCCAUACUUGCACAAUUUUUUGCAUUUUUACCUGAUGUCAUUGUUUCUUACAAUAAAAUCUUUCUGACUGAAAAA